UGAACAACCGGAGACACACUCCGGUUCCUAAGCCGCCAAAAGAAACGAGUCUCUCUUUUUAUUGUUGGUGAAAAAUAAAUAAAUGAUUUGAUCUAAUAUAUCUUUGAAAAACGACACGUACGUAGACUUUACUAGCCUUCUCCGUCGCGAACCUAUUGCAAAGAAGCGGCGUCGUUUUGUCCUACAUAGCACAGCGCACGAUUCCAACGGAACAAACUUUUCUCCUACUCUUUCUCCACAAUUUUCCUUCGAUUUUCUCGAGAAAAUCUAGCACAGUCUCCUCAAGUCUUCUAUAAGGAUUGAUUACAAUCAUGGACCGGAGGAGAACCGAGAGUCCAGUCUACACGCGGCAGUGGAGCGGUGGUUCCAGCAGCACAGGCUCAUCAUCACCGGUGAUGUCGCCGGCUCAUCCUCAGUCACGGCUGGGUCCUACUUCCACCGGCCUCUCCACCGUCAAGCGCACGCAAAACGUAGCUGCUAAAGCCGCCGCGCAGCGCCUUGCUCGCGUCAUGGCGUCUCAGACCGUCGACGACGACGAUGAAGACGACGAUCUCGGAUUCCGUUACGGUGCUCCGCCUCCUUCCGCUUUUUCUUCCUUCUCCAGCAACAAGAGUUCUAGUGCUAAUGCAACCGGCAUCCCUCCGAUUUCAGUCGCGAGGCCUAACAGAUCUCCUUCUCCUGCGUUAGGUCGGAACUUUGUAGAAUAUAAUCGUUCAGUGCGUUCAGCAUCAGCUGGAAGACCGGCAGUUUCAGUUCGCUCAACAGCGGUGGUGCCACCUCCCAAAUCAACUAUCCGAACACCUAUGGCUGUACCUCCAAUCGAUCCUCCUACCAAUAGGAAUAGAGAGAAAAGGUUUGCACCAGACAUCACUAUCAGGCAACUUAACUCCAAAGACUCAGGAGAUCAGCGUGAAGCAUCUGCACUUCGUGAUGAACUUGAUAUGCUACAAGAAGAGAAUGAUGCUUUAUUAGAAAAGCUAAGACAAGCAGAGGAAAAACGCCAAGAAGAGGAGGCCAGGUCUAGGGAACUUGAGAAACAGGUUGCUUCUCUGGGAGAAGGUGUAUCCCUGGAAGCCAAACUGCUGAGCAGGAAAGAAGCCGCUUUGCGUCAAAGAGAGGCUGCUCUUUUGGCUGCAAAACAAACAAGGAAUGAAAGGGAUGAGGAUAUCACAGCUCUUCGUGUCGAAAUACAGAACCUAAAAGAUGACGCUGCUGCAGCAGAGGAACAACGGCAAGAUGCCGAGGCCGAAGCAAAGUCUCUUCGAACAAUGACACAGAGAAUGAUUUUGACACAAGAAGAAAUGGAGGAAGUGGUCCUGAAGAGAUGUUGGCUUGCCCGCUACUGGGGUCUUUCUGUAAAACAUGGCAUAUGUGCAGAUAUAGCCCAGUCCAAGUAUGAACAUUGGUCUGCUUUAGCUCCUCUUCCUUUUGAACUUGUCAUAUCUGCUGGACAAAAGGCUAAGGAGGAAUCUUGGAACAAAAGUGCUGAUGGUUCAGAUAGAAGCAAAAUUGUUCGUGAUUUGAAUGAUCUCGCCGGGGAAGGAAACAUAGAGAGUAUGCUUUCGGUUGAGAUGGGUUUGAGGGAACUUGCUUCUUUGAAGGUUGAGGACGCCGUUGUGCUUGCAUUAGCCCAACACAGACGCCCAAAUUUGAUUCGGCAGUCUGUUUUAGAUUCCAAAUCACCUGGUGAUGCCAAGUAUUCGGAAGCAUUUGAAUUAAGUGAAGAGGAAGCCGAAGACGUUCUUUUCAAAGAGGCGUGGCUAACUUAUUUCUGGAGGAGGGCUUUAUUUCAUGGUGUGGAAGAAGAUAUUGCAGAAGACCGGCUUCGGUUUUGGAUUUCCCGCAGCGGACAGUCACCAACUUCACAUGAUGCUGUUGACGUUGAGCGAGGUUUGUUGGAGUUGAGGAAGCUGGGUAUAGAACAGCAACUUUGGGAAGCUUCUCGGAAGGGAAUUGAUCAGCAUCCAGAGUCGGCAUUUUCCAAUCAUAAGCCUGCCUCUGAUUCAGAUGCCUCAUCGUAAUUGUCCGAGCCCUUUAUUUGUUGAUUGAUUCUUUGCCCUGCCUGUAUAUUUUUGUUUAGUUUUCUAUACAAGUUCUUUUUCCUUUUCUGUACACCAUGUUUUCAACAUUAUAUUUGGGUCUAAUACAAAGGAAGCAAGAAGCUUUACGUUGAAGGAAGACAGUAUCUGUGAUAAUAAACUACAUGAAACUGGGAAUCUUUACCUCAUUCUUUUAAGAGGCCGAGCUUGCUUGUUUGUUAUUGGAGAAGGAAUAUUUACAGUUAGUUUGUUUAGUUUUUCACUA